CACAGGGAGAGACGAGAGAGGGGAAGACCAUACCGCCGACAACACGAGAGAAGUUUUUCCCACUUUCAGCCCAUUCCCACGCCAGUGCGUUGAUCAGAACCGCAUACUGUGGUCUCGUGGACGGAACUGAGUGGUUUAAUGGACAAGCCGCACGCGCGUUGGACGCAAGUCUAUUAGACGUGGAAGAUUAAAACGCAACGCGGCCGAGACGCGCGUGCGCGCACACAUUUCAGGAGCAUUGUGCUGGAAGCGAAGGCUUUGGGGGGGGGGGGGAUAUUUAUAUCUUUACUGUGCUCUGAACGCUUUUAAAAUACACAAACGUGUGUGCAUAUUUAAUUUCAAUGGGACCGUGGCUCAUCUGAACGCAAAAAUUCCUCUUGGUGGAUGCAUGUGUUUAUGGAGAUGUCCAUUUUCCUGUGCGUCUUGAAGGGCGAGCUGUCUCUGAUAGGAACAUUUGACCUGUGGAAUAACACCUGUUUUUUUAUUUUUAUUUAUCCUAGGCUUUGGAGGCUUUAAAAACUGCCAUAUUAUUUAGAUUUUGGACAAAUAUUUUCUGUGAGCAGUGGGAAUAUAUUUGCAUUUUGCACCAGGACCCAUAUUAUUAUUAUUAUUAUUAUUAAUAUUGUUAUUUUAGGAAUUUGCAAACUGCUACCCUUCAAACCCUGGGGCAUGAAAAAGUUGCAUGGUGCUGUACCCUUUGGGGUCCUUUUUUUCUUAGAAAUGCAUGGGCAUUUUACAUGCAUGAGCUACUGAGAGCAAAGAUGCAUCGAAGAAGUCGUUCAAAAUGAUUUGUAUUCAUUUAUUUUUCACCAGGGUGCAAGAUCAUGCUAUUUAAUGGUAAAGUCACCCAUGCUGUGUAGGCAACGACUACUUAGACUGGACAUUAUCCUAAUAAACUGAGGAACGCUGGACCCCUGGGUCCCCUUCUUGGGGGGGUCUCGUUUUAUUUCCUUAUUGCGCCUUUUGAAAGAUUUUGAACACCAGAGGUGGAUUUAAUUUAACAAGAAAACUAAAAACGUGUCGCGAGGCAUAAUGCGGCUGGAAGCAUCUGGGGUUGUUUUGGUCACUUUCGUCUACAUUGUGUGCCACUGCGGAGCGUUAAAUGGAGAAAUUUGCCCCAGCAUAGACAUCCGCAACAAUGCAACCAAUCUGUGCGUUCUUGAGAACUGCACGGUAAUCGAAGGCCAUCUAAAAAUCCUGCUCAUGUUCAAGACCAGACUAGAAGACUUCCGUGGCCUCAGCUUUCCGAAACUAGUCAUCAUUACGGACUACCUUCUUCUCUUCCGUGUCUACGGCCUGGAGAGUCUCAGCGACCUGUUCCCGAACCUCACAGUCAUCCGCGGCAACAACCUCUUCUUCAACUAUGCCCUGGUCAUGUUUGAAAUGCUCCAACUGAAGGAAAUCGGCCUCCUUAGUCUGACCAACAUCACUCGGGGAUCGGUGCGGAUCGAGAAGAAUCCGGAUCUGUGUUACUUGUCCACCAUCGAUUGGUCCAAGAUCUUGGAUUCGGCGGAGGAUAAAUACUUAAUGGCCAACAAGGACCAUAGGGAGUGUGGAGACGUUUGCCCAGGAACCAUCACGGGGAAGAUCACCUGCACACAGACGACCAUCAACGAUCAUUAUGGUGAACGCUGCUGGAACCAGAAUCAUUGCCAGAGAAUUUGCCCUCCCGAAUGCAAGCAUGGUGCCUGCACCCCCCAUAAGGAGUGCUGUCACGACCAGUGUCUGGGCGGCUGCUCCGUGCCAGAGAACGCAACCAAAUGUGUUGCUUGUCGCAACUUCCUGUUUGGCGAUACCUGCGUGGAUCGGUGCCCGCUGGGCUACUACACCUUCAAGGGAUGGCGCUGCGUGUCCUUUAAAUUCUGCCAGGACCUACACAACCAGUGCAAGGGCAAGAGCAGCGAUUGCCAUGAGUAUGUCAUUCACAACGGGGCCUGUGUCCCAGAAUGCCCUUCUGGAUACACCACCAUGAACUCCACCACGCUGAACUGCACUCCGUGUGCCGGUCGCUGUCCCAAACUGUGUACGGGAGUGAGGACGGUUGACUCUGUAACUGCGGCUCAGGCACUUCGAGGCUGCACGAUUCUCAACGGGAGUCUGAUCAUCAAAAUCCGUGGUGGAAACAACAUCGCAGCAGAGCUGGAGGCCAGUCUGGGCCAGCUGGAAGAGAUCACAGGCUACCUGAGUAUUCGCAGAGCAUACGCACUCGUCUCUCUCUCCUUCCUCCAAAAACUGCGUGUUAUCCGCGGUGAAACCCAGGAAGUCGGGAACUAUUCGUUCUAUGCUCUGGACAACCAGAACCUGAGACAGCUGUGGGACUGGUCCAAACACAACCUGACCAUCCAUCAGGGCCGGAUGUUCUUCCUCCACAACUCAAAACUCUGCAAAGCUGAGAUCCUCCGGAUGGAAGAGGUGACCGGGACCAAAGGCAGGGUCCCAAGAAACGAAAUCAACAUCCCCACUUAUGGAGACCAGGCCUUCUGUGAGAAUCAAGUUCUCCGAUUCACACAAAUCCGCACAUCCCACGACAAGAUGCUCAUUAGAUGGGAGCCGUUCUGGCCACCAGAUUUUAGAGACCUGCUGGGGUUCAUGGUCUUCUAUAAGGAAGCGCCUUAUAAGAAUGUGACCGAAUACGACGGUCAGGAUGCUUGUGGCUCUAACAGUUGGGCAAUAGCUGACGUUGAGCCGCCGCAACGCAGCACAGAGAGCAAACUGCAGAAAGAACCGGGCCAUCUCAUCAUGCCUCUAAAACCCUGGACUCAGUACGCCAUCAUGGUCAAAACCCAGCUCGCCGCAUCUGACGAUCACCAGGUCCGUGGCGCCAAGAGCGAGAUCAUCUACGUCCGCACCAAUGCAACACAACCCUCAGUACCUCUGGACCCCAUCUCCUCCUCCAACUCCUCCUCGCAGAUCAUUCUCAAGUGGAAGCCGCCUUCUGAACCCAACGGCAACAUCACCCACUACCUGGUCUUCUACCAGAAACAGGAAGAGGACAUAGAAUUCUACAAGUAUGACUACUGCCAGCAAGGGAUGAAAGUUCCAUCUCGUACGCCUGCGCACUACGACACUGAGGAAGAACAAAAGUGGAACCAGACGGAAGUGCCUGGUCAGAAAGGCCACUGCUGUGCCUGCCCCAAAACUGAGACUCAGCUGAAGAAGGAAGCCGAAGAGACGGAGUUCCGCAAGACCUUUGAGAACUACCUCCACAAUGAAGUCUUUGAACCCAAACCCUCUCGACGUCGCCGCUCAGUGGGCGUGGCCAAUGCUACUUUACCGAACUUUCUGACCACGCCCUCCACCCUGCCCAACAUCUCCACCACUCUGAGCUCAGUGGAGGACAAGAGUCGGAAGAUGGUGCGCAAAGUCAGCUCCAAAGAAUCCACUGUCAUCUCCAAUCUGCUCCACUUCACCAACUACCAGAUCGAGAUCCACGCUUGCAACCAUCCCACAGACCAGAACCGCUGCAGCAUGCCUACAUACAUCAAAGCCCGCACUUUGCCUGAAGUAAAAGCGGAUGACAUCCUUGGCGUGGUGACACACGAAAUUCUUCCUGAAGAACCAGAGUUUGUCUAUAUCAAAUGGAAGGAGCCAAGAGCGCCCAAUGGCAUGAUCAUACUGUAUGAAGUCAAGUACUUGAGGAUGUCCGAUAACUACGAGGAUCAAAUCUGUGUCUCCAGAAUCACUUAUGAGAAAAAUCAUGGUUGUCGAUUAAGAGUAGGGCAUCCUGGGAACUACAGCGUAAGAAUCCGCGCCACCUCGCUGGCCGGUAACGGUUCCUGGACAGAGCCUGCAUACUUCUUUGUUCCAGACAGGGAAAUGAACAUGAAAAUCAUUGUCGCCCUGGUCAUCUGCUUCAUUGUUCUGCUGUUUCUGGCCAGUACAGUCUUCAUCAUCCUUAAGAAGAAACAAACCGAAGGACCGACUGGCCCCUUAAUUGCAUCCUCCAAUCCAGAAUAUUUAAGCGCAAAUGAUGUGUACAUUCCAGAUGAAUGGGAGGUGCUUCGCGAGAAGAUCAAUGUUAUGAGAGAACUCGGUCAAGGCUCGUUCGGAAUGGUGUAUGAAGGCAUCGCUAAAGACAUAGUGAAAGGAGAGCCUGAGACGCGAGUAGCCGUGAAAACCGUCAACGAGUCGGCAAGUCUGCGUGAGAGGAUUGAGUUCCUUAAUGAAGCAUCAGUCAUGAAAGCCUUCAGCUGCCAUCAUGUGGUUCGUUUGCUGGGUGUGGUAUCUAAGGGGCAACCGUCGUUGGUUGUCAUGGAGCUGAUGACCCACGGAGAUCUGAAAAGCUACCUGCGUAGCCUGAGACCUGAUGCUGAAAAUAACCCAGGCCGUCCACCACCAACCCUUAAGGAGAUGAUCCAAAUGGCGGCGGAGAUAGCAGAUGGCAUGGCAUACCUCAAUGCUAAGAAGUUCGUACACCGAGAUCUUGCUGCCAGAAACUGUAUGGUGGCUGAAGAUUACACAGUAAAAAUUGGAGAUUUUGGCAUGACCCGAGACAUCUACGAGACUGAUUACUAUCGUAAGGGUGGGAAGGGGUUGCUUCCCGUCAGAUGGAUGGCACCAGAGUCUCUUAAAGAUGGUGUUUUCACUGCACACUCAGACUGCUGGUCUUUUGGAGUGGUAUUAUGGGAGAUCAGCACGCUUGCUGAGCAGCCUUACCAAGGACUGUCGAACGAGCAGGUGCUCAAAUUUGUCAUGGAUGGAGGAUAUCUGGACAGACCAGAGAACUGUCCAGAAAGAAUGCACACCCUCAUGCAGAUGUGUUGGCAGUACAACCCCAAGAUGCGGCCGACCUUCCACGAAAUCAUCGAGAUGAUCAAGGAGGACCUGCAUCCUACGUUCCAAGAGGUGUCCUUCUUCUACAGUGAGGAGAACAAACAGCCCGAGAGCGAGGAGUUCGACAUGGACUUUGAGAACAUGGAGAGCAUACCACUGGACCCCUCAUCCUACUCCCAACAAGAGGACAACCUUAGUAGAGACAAUGGCCCCUCGGUGGGCUUACGGGGCAACUACGAGGAGCACGUGCCCUACACACAUAUGAACGGUGGAAAGAAAAACGGCCGAAUUCUGUCUUUACCCAGAUCUAGUCCGUCCUAACAUAUGCCUCAGCUUUUUUCUCUCUCAUUUUUAAAAAAAAGUUUUUAAAUGCGUUAUUUUUGCAGAGGCUCUUAAAAAAGAUACAGAUCUCAGGUCUUUUUUGUUGUCGUCGCCUCCUCGUUGCGUCACUAGCAUGGUUACAAGGAUGCAGACAUUUCCCCCCCCCCAUCAUCAGAUACACUGUCUGCUUUCUGAUACUCUUUUACACUUUUGCCAAGUUUCCAAGACAGUUUGGUGAUGGGGAAAAAGAAACUGUGAACAUCACUAAAUCAACCACAAGGCUGCUCCAGCUACGUCAACCUCAGACUCUACUUCCUUUUCCCAUGGAUAUAAGAUAGUGGCCUUUUAUUAAGUGGCCUAUAAACAAAGAAAAGUGUCUAUCAAUGUGAUUGUGUUAUUUACCCUAGAACAAUGACUUUACAGUGUGGAACUUCAUAUAUUCUUUUUAGAACAAACGUUUGUUUUUUGUAGAGGAAUGACUAUAUUUUGUCCUGGAGAAUUCCUGAUAUCACAUAGAUGAUAGUCACAUGGUAUACUGGUGAAUGAGUUUUAAUUUAUUUGCUUUAUUAUUUUUGAUUUACUCCUUUUUCUGAGCUUUAAAACUCCUGUGUCCUUUUUACUGGCUGAAGGAUAUUUAACAGUUAUGAAUUGGACAAAAGAGUUCCUCAGACUGACCAAUAGCUGCUGCUCUGAUACAGUAUAUAGUGGGGAUAUAUAUAUAUAUAUAUAUAUAUAUAUAUAUAUAUAU